AUUUAAUGGCCGACAACAUUUUUUCUAGAAUAUAGAAGGAUUAUUCUUAAUCAAAACAAGCAGGUGGCCAAAAUAAUGGUGGUGUAUAUAUUGUGAUUAUUUUAGAGGAUUUUUCCAGUAGAAUUCAUACUGUUGUGUUAUAACAACGCCGCCGUGACCACCACCAUCAUCAUCAUCAUCAACAACAUUUUACAUACAAAAGUAUUACAAAAGGAAGUAGCAAACAAUGGAUGUUCACAUAACCAAUCUCAGAUGGUGCAAGAGAAAAAAUAUAAAGGAAGGAGAACAGACAGCUAGGAAAUUUCUCUAAAGCAAGAUUCUGUUUGCAGGAGAUUAAAUAUGUCAGACAAUAGUUUUAAUCACACAUUAUCUCUUACACUGUCUAAUGUUCUAAGCCAUAUUGGUAUAAAUGAGAAGGCAGUAUCAAAAUGCAGGAGAGUCUCGAUGUUGAGGGACUCCAUGUCCUCUACUACACAGAAAAUGCUGAACCAAACAAAGUUGAAAAUUUAUGAUAUUGGUAGUAUAUCAGAAGGAACAACAACCUUAGGACUUCAUUCAGAUACAGAUGUUGUUCUAUGCAAUGAAGAUCUUAACAUCAUAAAUGACUUGAAUGAUUGGAAACCUGGGAAGCAUAAUCUCUUGAUAGUUCAGGAUGACACCACAGCACCUGGUUAUUGUAAACUACAGCUCUUCAGGGACAAUUAUUUUCUCCCUGUUAGCUUAGAUUUAGAAAUGAAACAUACUACCAUAGGUAAACAUUGGAGAUUGCAAGAACUGACACACAGUGUUACAUCAACAUAUAACCAUGGACCUGCAUACCUUGAACAGGCAUUGAUCCAUUUUUCACAGCCAGUUCACAUACAUUCCUGUAGACCUGAAUCAGACGUUAUACUAGCAUUUCGCUGUAAUUCACUACCAGCUGCAGCACAAUCCUGGCUAAAGAGGCAAGGAAUAGGAAGCUGGCCUUCAUCAGAUUUAAGACAAUCUGCUACCAAUUCUGGAUGUUUCUUAGUUCCAGUGGGAAUGCCUGAAGAAGGAAUGGAAUGGAGAAUAUCAACAAGUUUGUUUGAAAGACAUUUGAUGUCCAAAUUAAACAUCACACAGAUAAAAUGUUACGUACUGAUGAAAAUGAUUGUUAAAACAUUUAUAACUCCUUUUCAUCAAGGCUCAAUUUCAAUUUAUCAUAUUAAAACAGUAUUAUUCCACUGCAUUCAAAUGACAAAUGAAAAGAAUUGGAAGGAAAACAAUUUGGUCACCUGUCUUGAAAAAACCCUCUGGCUGUUAUAUUAUUUUUUCUCAAAUAAAAACUGCCCACAUUUUAUCAUAUAUGGACAAAAUCUAUUGAGAAGAUACCUUGAUGAAAAUUCAACGCACUAUGACCAGCUUCUUGACACUAUCAGUAAUAUAAUAGAAAGCAAAGGCACAGCAUUAUUGUCCAUUCAAAUUGAUGACCUAGGCAUGCGGCUUCAAAUAAGAUUAAGCAGUAACUUAUCAAUACCAUCUACACAAAACUACUUACCAAUGGUCUUAGAUUAUCAGCUAGCUGAAAGUAUUACUUGGUAUUACAAACAAGUUCUAGAAACAGUAUUGUAUAGUAGUUCAUUGACAGUCAUACACCAGAUAAAGAAAUGCAUGCAUGAUUUGGUCAGUAUCUACAGAGAAGGAAAUAAAAUUGAAAAGGAAGCAUGCACAUACCUUGCACCUCUGUUCAGUUCUAUGGUAGGAUCUGCAAUAGCAUCAGAAGAUAUUGAAACAAAUAACAUUAUAUCACAAGAAGCAUACACCUGGUUGUCAGUUGGUAAAAACUCGGAUGUAUCAUCUGGAAGGCUCAAACUUGCAUCAGCUUUGUAUUGUGCUGGGGACUUGACUGGUUCAGAAAGCCUUCUGAGAGAGACUUUGCGCGAGUAUAGUUGUAAUAAUGCACAGCCAGUUUGUAGCUGUACAACAAGGAUGUUAAGGUACAACUACAAAAGUACAGACUCUAUUAAAGAGAGCACAGCAUAUUGCAUCCUAUUCUUGCGAUGUGAGGAGAACUGCGUUCCACAAGAGUUGAGGUAUGAAAUGUUUAGAUCAUCACAAGAUGAUAUGCUUCCCAGAUACAAACACCACUACUGGAUGGACUGUGCUGCAGUUGAUUCCCUUCCAUACCUGUACUUCCUACAGUACAAGGUCUAUAAACAGCUUGGAAGAGAUGUGGAGAAGAAAAGGGCACUUACAACCCUUGCUGACAUCACAGACACAGAACCAAACUUGGGUCACAAAGAAACAGCACUGAAUUUACUAGGGCAGUGCAUGGAACAAGAGAACAGACUUGAUGAUGCAUUAUGCUACUACAUGCUCUCACUACAAGUACGUGAGAGAAACAAUGCUGUAAACAUACACAUAUGCCGGCUGCUUGCAAAAAUACAGAUUCAAAGAACCUACGAUGUCAAUUCAUUAAACACAUCAUGUGGAAGAGAAGAACAGCGGCACAAUUUAUCAAACUUAACAGCAACUUCUUCUGAAGGACAGCCAGAUGUACAAAGUGCUUGUGGGCAUCAGAGUUCAAAUCUUUUCAAAAAGGGUUUUGAAAACACUCUUAAUGAAAGACUGGUAGAUGAUAUGUCUGUAAAGAUGAAGUCAGUUGGAGCAAUAGUUUAUGAAGGUGUAAGAGGGACCGUGUUCAGGGUUGGCAGCAAAUACAUCAUGACUGCCUUGCAUGUAGUCACUGGGAUUACAAAUCCAAGAAAACGUCAGGAUAUUCCAGAGAAUGACUGGUCAAAACUUGAAGAACCAACUGUGUGGGUUACUUUUGCUGCACAACAUUGGGACCUACAGAGCCCUCCAUUUUACCUUAAACGAGAUGUAAUAUUCAUGGACAAAAGGUUAGAUGUUGCUGUAGUUGAACUUAAACCCGGAAAUGUUUUACCCCAGAAGCUUAAACUUAGCAAGGAAAUCGGGCAAAUUGAACAUGUGAACCUGAUCGGAUUUGGUCAUCCAACUGAUCCUAGGAAACAAUUAGAUCCAAAGUGUGAAGUUGUUACAAUGACAGAUCAGUUGUUCAGACGAAUCCAGACAGAGAGUGAGAACAUUUUACAGAGGUAUUCUUUGAGAACUGUUCUACCACUGCAUGGUCUUGAUCCAAAUCUACUGACUGGAAGCUACAAUGAUUUAUUUGAGAGGGAAAAAUUUGUCUGCCAUGCUGCAAUGGAACAUGGUGCAUCCGGAGCACCUGCAAUAGCAGAAAAUGAAGUUGUUGGACUCUUUGUCAAAGGAUUACCAAAGUUUUACUAUGAGCUUAAAAGCAGAGCAUCUACAGCACAAUAUGUACAACACUUUCCAAACCACCUAAAAUUUGAAUUGUGUAGCAAGACAGAAUACAUCUACAGAAUUUUGAGACAUACAAACCCUAUGCUAGCAGAAAAUCUGUUUGACUGAAAUGAUAAACUGUUUUUGAAUAUUUGUCACUGGGUGAGAAAAUGUGCAGUCAGUCUGAGGCUUGAACCCGAGUCCCCUCGCUUACAGGGUGAGUGCUCUAAGGAGUGAGCUUACUAGCUGCCUGACACAUAUUCUCCCCUUAUGUGACUUAAGUCCGUGAUAUACACCCCCACAAAUUGGAAAUUUGUCGCCGAAUUCCAUUGGUACAUAAUAUUACAAGCCUCAUAAGACUGACCAAGCAAACAUCCCAUGGUGCCAUGUUGGGCACAAAAUGUCUGAGGGUGAGUAAAAUGUGCGGCCAGACCUGCACUCAAACCCAGGGCCUCGGAAUGACAUAGCUCUAAUGACACAGCUACCCGGCUAUUUACACAUUUUCUUCCCGUCCUAUACCACAACAUAUUUUUUGAACUUCAUUUUUUAACAGCUAAGUGAAUGUCUAUUCCUGAAUUGUUGUCACAUAAUUAUAGUAAGAACAUAUAAAUAUCAAGCAAAAAGUGAAGUAAUGAAUAUUAAAUGUGAUUUUUUCAAUGUAUUUUAGCAUUUACUUCAUUAGGUAAAGAUAUAAUAUUUGCUUGCAAUUUUAGAUCUGAGGAGAAAGUAACAUUUAAAGAAAAUUUGUGUGUAUGAGCAUGUAGUGUGUGUGUGUGCAGGGAUAAUGUUGCAGUGGGUGGUCACAGGUAGGGUGGUCUGUGAUGUGGCAAUGACUGAAAAAUGACAUGGUGUGGUGUGUGUGUGUGUGUGUGUGUGGUGGGGGGGGAGGGGUAAUGUGAAUUGUUGCACUCUGCACAUUGCCUCAUCACUACCUAUAUUCCAAGUUUCUAGUCAAUACCUUGAAUAGUUUUUAAAUUGUGCUAAAAACAUGAUAAAUUACAGAUUUGACAUUUCAGAUCAGUGUGUUCCCUUAACCUUUGACCUACAGAUCAGAGUCAUGCGCUAUUGGCUUUUAAGUUAUGCUUGGGACACAAAAUAUGACAAAUAGAUUUACCUUUGGACUCAAUUGUGUCCUUGACCUUUGACCUACCAGUUCAUAUGUUCUGCUCAUUGUCUCAUUGCCGCGAGCCUUUAUGCCAAGGUUACGUUAAUAACUUGAAAGAUUAUUUAGUUAUACUCAAGACAUGAAAAGUGAAACACUGGCAUAUAAAGAUAAUGCCUAGUGUUAUGAAUGGAAAACCAUUGACCAAAUGUUUCAACAUAAAAAAUUGAAUAUUCUUACUGACUAGGAUAGCACAUUAAAAAUUUAAAUUAGUUUCUCGGUCAUGUCAGUAUUUGCAUAUUCAAUGGAGGAUAACACCAUAUUUUAAACAAUUAUGCAUUUCCUGUGGCAAAUAAAUUCCUAGUGUAUUUUUUGAAAAAGCUGUUGAUAUGUGGUACAGACAGUUUAUUCAUUUAUAAUUUCAACAAUAUAAAGUACUUUGUACUGUCUGGUUGUCAUCUUUGAAAAAUAAUAUACAUGUGAUACAACUGAUAUAGCAAAAAGUUAAAGGCUUAAUAUUUUGGUGAUUAGACAUAUUUCAAGUUUUGCAAUGCUUGAUAUAUUUUUUUCAAAAUCUACAAACAUCUUAUUCUGGGAUUAGAAAAGUUGUUAUUAUACCCCCUAUCAUUCACAUGUAAUUUAAUAGUUCAUUGUAAUUAACUUGAAAUCUGAUAAAUCACUGGUUGGCAAAGUUAAUGAUUAAAGGUACUUGGACUAUAAGCCCUACAUCUGCAGUCAGGUUUGGACUUUAAAUUUCAUCUAUCAAAUUAAUUUUGCCAACUAGACACAAAAGUGAAAAUCAGUCUGUAAUCUAAGCCUUUACACAUGAUUGGCAUAUUACUUCUGCUGACUAAGGAUUAUUAUUCAUGGAAAUAUAACAACAUGAAACAUUCCUUCAUUUACAUGACAUCAGAUUUAUCCCAUUAAAUAAUCAUUGACCAUUUUUGUUCACUGUCAAUGAUUAUGCCAGUCACAUGAACUAUAGAAAUCCUUUAAAAAAAUAAAGUUUAAGAAAAUAAAACUGGUUGGGUAGCCAUGAAAAAACAGAUGGCUGAUAAUAAAUAAAUAAAUAAAUAAAUAAAUAAAUAAAUAAAAACCAAGCAAUUACUUUAUAAUGCCCUUAUCCAUCUUUGAUUCAAAUUAUCCGUUGCAUCCGUUGCCCACGGGCAACAUGUCAAGCCUGCCAGCUGUCAAGAUCUGACAUGACCUUUGACCUCCAACUUUUACUUUUACUUUUGAGAUAGGAACCUGGGGUUUGGGCAUUACAAUCUGUCUCGCUGAGGUUAACAUUCAUGCCAAACAAGAUUAAUCCUUGCAUGUUAAAGUUAUGGUACGGACAAGCUGUCAAGAUCUGACAUGAUCUUUGACCUCCAACUGUGACCUUGACCAUUGAGAUAGUAACCUGGGAUUUGCGCAGGACACUGUCUCACUGAGGUUAACAUACAUGCCAAAUAUAAACAAUAUUGCUCUAUGCAUGUCAAGUUAUGGUCCAGACAAAUAAAUCCGGAUGGACCCACGCACACCGAACAGCCAUUUGGAUGACUGUCCUCACUUCCGCAAGCGGGCUCAACAAAAAUGGGGAUUUUGUUUGACUUUGGUGAAAUUGAGCAAUGUGUGUGCAUGUGCAUGUGCAGAGAUAUCCAACAAACUGGGAGGAUGUCUGUAUUUCUUUACCUGAAUAUUUUAUAUUUGUUUUCCGGUACAUUUACUUUACAUAUCAUUUAUGCUGUCUGUGUAACUAUGUAAAUAUAUGUAGUCAUAUUAAAACAGAAAGUGGGAGGGAUCGGGUUAAAAUGGCUUACUACUUACAAAAAAUCACCAGUUAUAUGUUAAGGUAUAAAUUUCAAAGUAUUAAAAUAUCAGGAUUUCUAAAAACUUGACCUGUUGUUUAUUUUUGAUGUGACAGCUCAUUUAUCUGUAAUUAUGUCAACAUUUCAAACAUAUUUGAUUUAGGAAUAUUCCCUCCCUUUGUCAACAUUCUAUUUCAGAAAUGUUGAUUUUUGUUUCUGCUAUUAGAGGAUAUAUAGCCUUAGAUUUUAUUAUUUUAUUCAACCCAGUUAGUAAAUACAAUGUCAAAAGACAUAAAUUUAAUAUUUUUAAUCAUAUGAAAGCUUUUCCAGCUGAAACAUCUUUUUUUUAUCUUUCUUUACCUAUUAUAGUCGAAUCCGACGUAUACAGUUUGUUUUAUAUUGUGACGGUCAAACUGUAGACCAAGUAAAUUCAAACAAAGUUGCCUAUACUUAAAUGAGUCGAUGUCAAAGUUUUAUUACACUUUAAGUGUAAUACCAAAAUUGUGUAAUGGCUUUAUUUCACUCUCUCAGGUCAAAUGUGAUAAAAAAAGUCUUAUCCGUUUUUAUCAAAGGUCCAAAUUAAUGUGUCCAUAAGGGACUAUAUCAUUUAAUGAAUUUUCUUUUAAUUUCAGCAUGUUGUGAAGGAAACAUACCUAACCCUGACCCUGCUAAAUUUCUAUAAUGAACUUGUUCAUCUUUCAGUUUGGACAGUAACAUUAACUGUUAAAGAGUGCUAAAUACCAAAAAAUAUGGAUGGCAAAAAGUGCAGAUUAUGAUUAGACUGGACGGAUGUGCAGGCUGAUCAUGAUCUACACUAGUCGCAAAGGCAGAAUCAAUCGUGCUUAGCAUGAUAAGGGCUAAUUAGGUCAUGAUAUAAGGGGAAAACAGCAAGAUCUGCUUUUCACCUAGCUUAUUUCAUUUCGAAAUAUUGUAAUGCUAUAUUGAAGCAAUAAAUUGAUGUUACCAUUAAAAACAACAACUGUACAUAAUGCUACCUUUUUUGCCUGAUUAAAAAUAGUGAGAAUAAACUGCAAAAGUGCUUUUAAUAAACAAUAAACAUUUUCACAGCAGACAACUCUUUCACUAACAGACUUCAUUUAGUUAUGUCCCUUGGUAUUCAGGAUUGUAAAACACUUUAGAUAUCAUAAAACUGUGCAAACAUCUGCUGAGGCAAAAUAUGUUUACUUUAAACAAUAGCAAUAAAUGAUUAUACAUGAUAAUAUGUUCAUUUAUUUAACUGCCAGUGAUAUAAAACCAGAAUCUUUAAUGACUGAGUUCAAAAAGGCAUGGAAAUUUAUUUGUUCUCUAAUAUCUGCUGUUAUUGUUGUCUCAUGAAAUGUUAGCAUCUUUCUUGCAAACAAUGGUAAGCAUUCUGUAAGAUCAUAUUGAUAAUGUUCUAAAAAAAUGUAAUUCAAAACUUUAUCUCCUCAAAAGAAAAAAAAAUACUUCUUAGACAUUCCUAUUAGAAAACUGUUUUUCAAUGUGUAUAUAUUACCUCAUUUAGAUUAUUGCUGUUCUGUUUGGGGAAACUGUAACUCAGAACGGGCUGAUUCCAUUCUCAAAUUUCAGAAGAGAGCGGCUAGGAUUAUCCUGGACACAAAAUUAGAUGCACCCUCUGAGGAACUGUUUAUUAAACUAAACUGGAUGAAAUUCCCAGAGCGAGUCAAAUACAAACAGUCAAUUAUGGUUUAUAAGUCUGUCAACAAUAUAUGCCCUCAAUACCUACAAGAUAAAUUUACUCACACCCAUACUAUUCACAAACGAGUCUAAGAUCAACUGACUCAGAACUUGACUUGUAUCCCCCUAAACCAAGAUUAGAAUUUUUUCGAAAAAGCUUUGAAUACUCUGGAGCAAAUAUCUGGAAUACACUGCCAAAUGAUGUCUCCGUCAGGCAGAAAGUCUUGCAAGCUUUAAAAGUAAAUACAUAAGUCAUUGGAGAAUGUCUUCUAUAGGUCAAAGUUCAUAAGCAAUAAUAUUAAAGUGUCAUAUUCAAAUUUUUGUAAAGUUAUUGUUCCAAAUUUUGUCUAUGAUGACUUUAUUAUGUUGUUGUUUUGUACACUGUCAUCGAAAUUGUGAGAUGUUAUGUUUAUAUCUAUUUCCUUUGUUUAAAAAUUUGUCAUGAAGCAUCUCUUCAUCUAUUAUAAAGCUUGUUUUUUGUCUCUCUUUAAUAAGAUCGUUAUGUGAUUGUCAUUAUCAACCUCUGUUUUGUUUCAUUUUGUACCGUUGUAAAUAUGUGUUUUGUAUGAGGCUCACAGGGAAGAUUGGGCAAGACCUAACUGUGUUGCCUCUAAAAAUAAAGUCUUUAUUAUUAUUA